AUGUUCGAUAGUGAGCAGCUUGGUCCCGUCAACAGCCGUCGCUGUCCUCAUUCCACCUGCAAAUCUCGCCCUCUUCGACGGCCCUCCUCCGACACCGGCAAGCUGGCUGCCCCGCGCCGACUCCUAGCUUCCAUCAUAACCCGCCGCUACCCCUCCUCCUUCACCCUGGCUCCCUCACGCGCUUCGUCCCGACUCAACCUCUUCUCGCGCCACUUCGACAGCAAGCCGUUUCUUGAAUUGAACACGCCCUUCUCAACCGAGAGGAGUGCGCCGCUUGAAGACGACCAGGGGAAUCUGGCCAAACCGAAAGCACCCAACAUAGCGCCAGCAGAGGCCAUCAAGGAACAGACCCCAAAAAAACUAGAGAGUAGAGAGAAGAAACCCCAGCCCGUCAUGUCCAGUCAAGCGCCCCACCCUGCGCUGCUCAUUCCGGGUCCAAUUGAGUUUGAUGAUGCCGUUCUGCAGUCGAUGAGCCAUUUCAGUGAAUCCCACGUCGGCCAACCCUUCGUCAACACCUUCGGCGAGGUCCUCUCAAUGCUACGCAAGCUCUUCCAGACCUCGGAUCCUGCUUCACAGCCCUUCGUCCUCUCUGGCUCCGGCACACUAGGUUGGGAUCAGGUUGCAGCGAACCUGGUGGAGCCCGGUGACGAGGCGCUUGUCCUCCACACUGGUUAUUUUGCCGACUCCUUCGCCGACUGCUUGGAAACAUAUGGCGUCAAGGCAACACAACUAAAAGCACCAAUUGGCGAGCGACCACAGCUCCAUGAGAUCGAGGCAGCUCUGAGUGAGAAGGCGUACAAGAUUCUCACCGUCACACACGUCGACACCUCAACCGGAGUGUUGAGCGAGAUCAAGACGCUGUCAGAAACAGUCCGCAGAGUCAGCCCGGACACUCUGAUUAUCGUCGACGGCGUGUGCAGUGUUGGCUGUGAGGAGAUCAGAUUCGACGACUGGGGUCUCGAUGUCGUUCUCACAGCCAGUCAGAAGGCAAUCGGCUGUCCCGCCGGUUUGAGCAUUCUCAUGGUGUCGGGCCGUGCCAUUGAGACAUUCAAGGCAAGGAAAGCAAGGCCGACGUCGUAUUUCGGGUCGUGGAAGAAUUGGCUACCAAUCAUGCAAAAUUACGAAGCAAAAAAGGCAUCCUACUUCGCAACGCCCUCCCCCCAGCUAAUCCAUGCACUUCACACCUCUCUCACGCAAAUCCUCUCCCGACCACUCGCCCAGCGAUUUGAAGACCACAAAGCCGCAUCCCAGAAAAUCAAGAAGGCCGUCACAUCUCUCGGCCUAAAGCAGCUUGCCUCGAAGCCCGAGAAUCAAGCCAACGGCAUGACCGCCAUUUAUCUUCCUGACGGUAUCACCCCGCCGGAUGUCCUGCCUAGCCUGAUGAAAAAAGGCGUCAUCUUUGCGGGCGGUUUGCAUAAGGAGAUUGCGGCAAAGUAUAUCCGCUUUGGACACAUGGGUGUUAGUGUCACGGAUUCGAAGAGACCCGAUAUUAAUAAGGCAAUCGAAUCCUUAAAGGAUAGUCUUGUGGAGGUGGGGUAUAAGGCAGACUAAGAUUGAAGAGGUCAGAGAAGGGCCAACCCUUGUAUACUACUGUUUCUUCUAAUCACAUUAGUGCUAGGAGAACGUAAUUAUGAGUUGGGCAAGCAAAUGGAUAGAAUACCCAAGAAUUAAUAGAAAUGUGAAUGGAGCUAAUGUUUCAGUC